GCAGAACAAACAACAGCAACGACGGUUGGUGGCGCGACCGUGGUUCGUGGAAUUGCUGUCCCCGCUGCUGGAAAAAGCGAUACCGAGACGGAGGCCUUUCACGACAGCGAGGCACUCGACCCACUCCCCUUUGUGGACAAGGUUGUUGUUGAAGAUUUCUCGGCAUCUUCAGGUGCUAAAGGGUUGGUGCUCACGACGUGGCCUGCAGAUCAAACGGCGACACUGAUUCAAGAAGAGACUAUGUUGGCACAGCGAAAUGCUCCGAAAGAGCUAGACGGCAUGCUUAUGGUUGAGGACAAGAUCACUGGACGCACUAGCACUCAAGCCACCUCGACGAGCAAUGUAGUCAGCGUGCAACC